CAGCCUAACGCCUGCUUGACAACAGAGCUGCCCUGUGCGCCGAGCACAAAGCCUCUGAAAUGGCUACAGUGUCCCUGACACCUCUAAUGCUUCUGCUCUUGCUCUCGUCUUGGCACGGAGCUGGCAAUGCUGCCACCACCUUCAUCCCGUUUGUGCAGCCCCAGAGCUGCGGCCAGUCUUCCUUUUUCAACUCUGCUUCUUUUCAGUGCAGCGCUUGUGGGAACAAUCAAAUCGGCGGGCCUGAUGGUCUCUCUUGUGUUUGCACUGCUGGAUUUACAAUGAAGAAUUUGGGUUCCCCUAUAGUACAGUGCACCCCUUGUGCUAAUAUUGUUUCACUUAAUAAAAGAGAAUGCCUGACCUGUGAAAGUGGAAACUGUACCUGUGCAGCAAGUCAAGUCCAAGUUGAAAACUUCCAGACAAAUACUGUGUCUUGUGCAACUUGCUCAGCACAAACAGUUGGAAAUCCAUCUGGGUCUGCGUGUGUGCUAUGUCAGGAGACCUUCUACAAGACUACUAGCUCAUGCACUUGCCCUGCAACACAACUGAAAGGUGGACUUUGCUUUACUCAGACCAGCAGCAGCAGUGUUACGGGCUCUGUUCCACAAAAUUCCUUUUGGUUUUCAACCUACCUGGAUUCAAGUUUCCUGGCUUGCACUAUCUAUAACAACCAGACAGCAUGUCAGCUACUUACUAAUUUUGUUAUUCUGAAUGUGAAUGGAGUGACUAGCAAAGCAUACAACCUUUAUCAGGCUGCCUCAACAGCGCCUUAUCUUCCUCAGCUUUUUUAUUGGAGUGGCACAACUGGAACCUUAGGCCAGUCUGCUCCAAAGGGCCUGUCCUUCUUGAGGAAUGCUAAGAUGACUUUUAAAAUUGCGAAGUAUGAUGCUCGUGGAAAGUUUCUAGGCUGGGACGAUGUGAAGGGUGGCACUUUGCAGCUCUGCUCAGACACACAGAAGACCCUCGAUGCAGCUUGGCUUUUUGGGACAUCUUACAAUCAGUCUUGUUCCAUACAAGUAUCUCAACUUCUUGUGCGGUUUCCUGAACCAGUUUUUUAUGAGCUGUUCCUUCAAUACAAUGACAGCUCUGGGAAUGCGAUGGUUUGGCCAGUUCCAGUGUUGAGCCAAAAUCUUUUGCAAGCAAACCCAGGUACUGGGGCUCUGAGGAGAUUUUUCCUGGUGGACGGUCUGACUGGGAAACAGAACAGCCUGAGUGAUCAGCCUCAAUACGUCACAUACGCCAGCAGCCUAACACUCAGUGUGUAUUUGCCAAUUAGCAGCCCUGGUAACACGCCUCCCUUCCUGCUGACAGUACAGUACAGCACUGUGAAUAACGUCGGACAAACAAACCCUCAAGCUCAGGUAGCAUUUGCUGUAACCUACAGUAUGGAUCAGUCCACAAUGACGUUGAAUACUAAUAUUGCCUUGGGAGUGCUGGGAUCUCUUUCAGUCUUCUUAGCUAUGUUGCAGACUAGUAGCUGGAGUCGCAGAUCAGGCCAGCAGUUUAUUAACUUUAUGACUAUAAUUAAAUACUUGGCUUUCCUUAUUGGUGACCUGGCGGACACAUUUUUUCUGAUUACCUUUGGCACUGGAAUCUACUGGCUUAUUUCUUUUAAGGGUCAGCAGUCUACAGUUGCAGUUGCACUGCCCUCUCCUGGUGGAACUGUGGAAGUUGAUUUUAUCAUAUACCUGUCUUUGGCAUUUGCAUUUAAGGCCCUGGAACUGCUUCACAUUCUGGUGGUCCAGGUGACAAUUUCCAUCUUUCUCAUCGACUGGGAGAAGCCAGUGAACAACAAGUCCAGCUCAGGAAACCAAAGCCAAGGACUUGCAGUGAGUGCCUGGAGAACAUUUUUUGUGGCUAAUGAGUGGAAUGAAAUUCAGACAACUAGGAAAAUUAAACCUAUAAUACAACUUUUCGUAGCCCUGCUUUUACUGGAGGUUAUAGGAGUCAAGAACAUCACAGCCAGAGAUCUGAACCUAGCUGUGCAGCCUGGAGCAGACAAUUACCUGGCACCCUGGAGCCCCAUUCUUCGAUAUGGAAUCACAGCAUCUAUCUGGCUAGCAGCUGGCUUGCUUCAAGUUUUGUAUAUUGUUCUUAUCUACGAGCGAUUUGUAGAAGAUAAAAUUCGACAAUUUGUGGAUCUGUGUGCCAUGAGCAACGUGUCUGUGUUCAUCCUGAUGCAUCGCUGCUAUGGGUUCUACAUCCAUGGGCGCUCCGUUCACGGCCACACUGAUGUCAGCAUGGAGGUCAUGCGUUCCAAUCUGAGGAAGGAAGCGGAAAACCUUUGUGCUUUACGUGGCCUGGAACCAAAUUCUGAAAUUCAGACAUUUGAGUUUCUUCUAACUGACAAAGUCCAGUGGCAAAUUGAGAGGAUCAUGCAGCCACUUAGUAAGCUUCCAAGACCCAGGUUUGUAAGGAAUGACCCCCAAGGCUCAGCAGACCAGAACAUGAAAGUUUAUUACACUAUGAACAAGUUUCUGUCAACUUUUUUGGAACAUGUUCAUAAGGACAUGGACUACAUCGUGAAGGACAAACUCUUUCUAGAGAAGAUCAUGCACUAUGAAUUCCAGCAUCCAACUGAACGAAGCAUUUUCUAUAAUGAUCCCGAUGGCAUUCUCUUCAGUAAUGUCCUCUGUUAUGGGAACGAGCUGACCCUUUUACUCUUCGACCUUCUGCUGUUCUGUGUCAUUGACCUGGGAACUCAAAAUUUCGUGCUGGCCGCAAUCAUUACGUUUCUUGUUCAGCAGGUCAUCGAAGUUCUCCGGUAUUACCUCGGCAGGAGGAACCUUUCAGCCAAAACCCUUGUGGAUAAUUGCUUUUUGAUCUAAAGGGUACUUGUGCUCUGGAAUGAAAACCUGAAAUCAGAAAAACUGCAAAGCAGUAUUCUUCAUGUUUAAAUCCCUGGUUCAUGAUUACUAUUAAUUUUUUUCAUUUUGUAUUAUUUAUAUUUGUAUUU